UUGUCUAUGGAAUCACAGAACGGAAUCUUGUAAAAGAUUAGGCCAUUUCAUAAAACAAAUGUAUAGUAACUCGCAGAAAAUAUCUUCGGGACAGUUGUAUUUAUUUCAGCUUUGCAUUUUAAUUUAAAUUGAAUCGUGAACCGCAAUAUAGGCCCCUUCUAGAGGAUUCAUCUACGACUCUAGCGGAAGGGUUAGCAGUCUUGAUUCUGCAAUAGAAAAAGAUUUGCAUUGAGAGGAGACGUAAGGUAAAAGAGGCACGGGUUUGUUCACAUAUACUGAAAAGUACAGAACAUUUAGCUCUUAGGGCUAGGAUGUCAGUGUUGAAUCAGAGUGGAGAAGAGCAGGUGGAAUGUCCCCUGUGUAUGGAACCCUUGGAAGUGGACGAUCUCCACUUCUAUCCGUGCACAUGUGGUUAUCAAAUAUGCAGGUUUUGCUGGAAUCGUAUUCGGGAGGGCGAGAAUGGCCUUUGUCCAGCUUGUCGGAAGGCCUAUCCGGAAAACCCGGCAGAUUUCACUCCUCUCAGUCAAGAACAGGUGGCCGCGAUAAAGACGGAGAAGAAAGCUCGCGAGCAGAAGCGACGCAACAAGACUCUCGAGUCUCGGCGAGCGCUCGCGAACGUUCGUGUGGUCCAGAACAACCUCGUGUUCGUCGUCGGCCUACCCGUGCGUCUCGCCGACCCCGAGAUCCUAAAGCGGCAAGAGUACUUUGGCAAAUACGGCAAAAUUCACAAAGUAGUUAUAAACCAAAGUACUGCAUACGCAGGGUCACAGGGUCCGUCCGCGUCGGCGUACGUGACGUACGUGUCCCCGGCGGACGCGCUGCGCGCCAUCCAGGGCGUCAACAACGUGACGCUGGACGGGCGCGUGCUGAAGGGCUCGCUCGGCACCACCAAGUACUGCGCCAACUUCAUGAAGAACAUGCCCUGUCCCAAGCCCGACUGCAUGUACCUGCACGAGCUGGGAGAUCCAAAGGCAUCGUUCACGAAAGAAGAGAUGCAUGCCGGACUGCACCAGGUCUACGAGCGGCGCCUUCAUCAGCAACUGUUGCAGGCGCAGCGAGACCGCCCCGACGACAAGCACGCGCAAGAUGGUAAUUCUAGUACGAAUGCAGAAAAAGGCAGUUCUAAAGAUGGUAAUCAAUCGAACUUUAUACCGACAACAGUGAUCACAUCGUCUCAAAUAAAUAUAGUCAGCACAUCUAAAUCAAAGAAAGAUUCGGUAAAUGGUAACGGCAACAGUAACGGCAGUAGCAGCAGCAAUAGUAGCACUAAUGGCACAAGUGUUGGCAAAGAGGCUUGGCCCAGCCUUGGAUCGUCACCACCCGCAGACAGCCCCGCCCGGAAACAGAACAGUCCCAAGCCGCAUACAGUUAAGUCACAAGAAAAUGGCACAUCAGAAUCGUCCAGUCCAACGCAGCUACAAACACAACAGUCUCAAACAAAACAUAGCAAAGAAAAUCACACAGACAGCAAGCCAAGCAGAAGUAAUAAGGACAGCAAUAACACAAAUGGACAGCCUAGCAAGAAAAGCAAAUCAGAAAGCAAAUCAAAACAGAAGAAUAGUAAUAGUAUUAUAAAUGAAACAAGCGAAACAGAAAUUGUCGAUAGCAAACCAGAACAGACUAGUCCAAAUAGUACGCAGACACAGCAAAACUCAGUCUUCGAUAACGACACACAGAGCUAUUUAUCAAAUGAAUUAGAUGAAUUGGAAUCAGAUAGACACAGCCUGUUGGAAAACCACGAUUUAUUAGACAACAGCGAUCACAGCCUACUAGACGACGAUAAUACACACAAUCUACUAAAUGAUGCCAAUAACGAAGUUAUGAUGAUGCAAAGGCAUAGAGAAAUGCUCGCAGGGCUAGUCGAUAAUAACCAUUUAUUGCCUCAAAUGAAAACCCCACUAGUGAAUGGUUACGGGUUGUUAGACAGGGAUACAAUGAGUUAUCUAGGUAAUGAUAGGCAGAUUAGUCAAAUUAACCAUGGUCUGAUGGACCAGAAGGAAAUGCUGCUCAGAGAACGCAGUCGGAGCAGCCUGCUAAUGAGACAGAACGAAAUGCUGGCUAGGCAGCAUAAUGUAAUGGUGGAACCAAAGCAUUAUGUGCCAAAUUCUAGUAUAGGACUUGAGUCUGCUAGUGAAUUAUUAGGUGCUAAUUUUCAUCCAAAUCACAAUAUGCUUCCACCGUUCGGUAUGAGAGUAGACAAUUCAAUGGGCUCAAGCUCUUUAGGGAACACAAUAACAAACACACUAACCGCAAACUCCUUGUCUAAUCCUAUUUCCGCAAAUACAUUGGCGAACUCUAUGGGCACGAACAGUUUAGCUGCAAAUUCAAUGGGAAGUUCCAUGGGCAGUUCUAUGGGUGGGUUCAUGUUGCACACACAGCAGAUGCCGCAGAUGCAAAACUCACAGAUGCAGAGCGGUCUCGUCAAUGGAUUCGAUACGCCACAGUCUGCUAGCGAAGGUCGUUAUCAGGCUGAGACUAUGGAUAAGUUCUUCACGGACUUCCACAAGGCGCAACAGAUGCGGUUGCUGCUGGCUCGAGGCGAAGAGAGGCGUCUCGAACGAGACCUGCCGCCACACGCCAUGCUCAGCGCGGAGAGACUUGAGAUGGAGCACAAGCACAGAAUGAGCAACAUGCGUGCAAACGACGUGAGCGCGUGCGGGGGCGGCGCGGGCGCGGCGGGCGGGCGCGCGGCCGGCGACGGGGACGACGACCUCGACUUCGACCCCUUCAAGGAGACGCAGAAGGCCUUCGCGGAGAUGAUGGAGACCGAGGUCAAACACAACACCAUCUCCAGCGGUGACAAUAUGGAUUGCGUGCGCCGGUCACGUCUGCCUCCGCCCGGUUUCAGCCACAUGAACGCGUUCGGCAUCGGAGUACCCCGCCACCAGACACACCAUCAAAGUUACAAUUCGAACAACGCAAUGUUCUCAGACUGGACACAGAUGGACCCUGCCAUCAUGUCGACCUCGGUUAACUUCGGCAAGGCACCGCCAGCGCAGGGGACCCUCAGUCAGCAGCAGCAAGAGCUUUUCGCGCGCUUCAACCACCUGCAAGUGCAGCCCAACGGUGUCAAGCUCCCCCAGUGGCCACAGCAAAAGAUGUGGCCCCUACAACACGGCGCGCCCUACAAUGCGAUCCCCCUGCCCCCGGGCUUCGCCCCAGCUAAGAACGCGCAACACCCCGCCGAGUGCAUCGACGCCAAGUAGACCCACCGCCUCAAAAACAGCGGAUACUAUAUUUUCUAUUAUUCUCUUUCCGUUGGUGAUGUGAUCGAUAAAUCUUUGUAUUAAGAGAGCAUAUUUUAAACGAGAGAAAUAUGAUAACAAAGGAAUUUGUAAAAUAAAUUAACCUAUUUGUUUUAUUUAAAAAAAAUGUUUGAUUUAUUUUUACUAUAUCUUAUAGUUUCGGCUCCCCGCGUCUUAUCAUAUUUCUUAGAUUUCGUUCUGUUAAUAUUCUCGACUGAAGAUAUAUGUAUAUUCGUUAUAUAUUAUAUACUUGCUAGAACAUAGCCCUGUUACAUCAGAUUAUUUUUUCUAUAUAAAAAUGAGAUGCCAAUUUAUCGGUUCAGUUUUGUACAUUAUUGAGCCAUUAUUCAUCAUUGAAAAGAUCAUUAAAAUUGAAGUAUUAUCA